AUGCCGCAGAAUGAUUACAUGGAACAGCACCGCAAACGCUUCGGCGAGCGGUGGGACACCGCGGAAAGAAAGCGGAAGAAAGCAGCGCGCCUUCCUCAUAAGCGCUCACAGACAGCCAGGAAGCUGCGGGGGAUAAAGGCAAAGAUCUUCAAUAGAAAGAGGUUCGUGGAGAAGGCCCAGAUGAAGAAAACAAUCAAGCAGCAUGAAGAGAAGGACGCAAAACAAAAGGAGCCAGAGGCCGUUCCAGAGGGUGCAGUACCUUCUUACCUCCUAGACAGGGAAGGCGUUUCGAGGACCAAAGUCCUAACAAACAUGAUCAAACAGAAGAGGAAGGAGAAGGCAGGAAAAUGGCAAGUCCCGAUACCCAAGGUUAAGGCUAUGACCGAAGAAGAGAUGUUCAAAGUCCUGAGAAGCGGAAAACGAAAGAAAAAAAUGUGGAAGAGGGUGGUGAACAAGGUGUGCUUUGUCCCAGAGGACUUCACCCGCAAGCCCCCAAAGUUUGAGCGCUACAUUAGGCCGACAGGCCUCCGCUUUAAAAAGGCCCACGUGACUCAUCCAGAGCUCAAGGCAACGUUUCAAUUGGACAUUGUGGGUGUGAAAAAGAACCCACAGUCGCAGCUGUAUACGUCCUUGGGAGUUAUAACCAAAGGUACGAUCAUUGAAGUGAAUGUCAGCGAGUUGGGUCUCGUUACUCAAACCGGAAAAGUCGUAUGGGCGAAGUAUGCGCAAGUGACAAACAACCCGGAACUGGACGGCUGCAUCAAUGCCGUUCUCCUCGUGUAA